CUAGACUCUCCUCAUACCAAUUACCUCUAUGCAUCACCGGCACAACCUCUAGUUGUCGUCCAUUAACGGCUGUGAUAAGGACACGUACAGGUUUCGCCGCGACGAAUAUCUGCCAAACGCUAAGAUGAAAAGGCCCCGAACUCCUCCUUCGGACCGAAUGGGACACAGACUUGCAGAUUUAUAACGACUCAUCGAAGUCCCUUGUCAGCAGACAAAUGGCAUGACCUGUUGCUCUGGGAUCUGCUCUGCAUAUAUAGUUAAAGACGUAGCACAAAACACCUCGUCUUCCCCCAACUGUCACCACAAUGCUAUUUCCAGCUCUUCUCGUCGUUCUUGCCUCAGUUCUUCAACCCUGUGGUGCGCAAUCGGCUCCAGUCGUUGACCUCGGAUACGCCAGGUAUCGUGGAACGUUGGAUCCUGCUGGGUCCAACGACACUCAAUUUCUCGGGAUACGAUUCGCGGCACCACCUACUGGCUCGUUGAGGUGGCAAGCACCGAGAACGCCGGGCUUCGUCCCAGGCAUACAGAACGCUACUGCAGAACCUCCCAGAUGUCUUCAGGCCGGAACCGGCGCGGCUCCUAGCAACCCUUUUCCUGCCGACAAAAGGGACACCCUUGAUGUUCCGAAUUCCGAAGACUGUCUCUUCUUGAACGUGUAUGUUCCCGGGCAGCUUGGAUCUCGCAAAAAUCUACCUGUCGUGGUAUGGAUACAUGGAGGAGGUUACGUUGCCGGCGGCGCCAAUGGGUUCUCUGGCCCUGAUGCUUACAAUGGGAACGACUUAGUCCGUGAAUCUGGCGGCGGAGUCGUUGCCGUGGUUAUCCAGUAUCGUUUAGGCUUAUUUGGAUUCCUUGCCGGAGAGGAGGUAAAAGCAAAUGGUGUAUUGAAUGCUGGCCUUCUGGAUCAACAAUUUGCGCUUCAAUGGGUACAGACGCACAUCACCAAGUUCGGUGGGGAUCCAAGCCGAGUUACUAUCUGGGGCGAAUCGGCCGGUGCUGGUUCUGUUCUUCAGCAAGUUAUUGCCAACGAUGGGCGAACAUUCCCGCCUUUGUUCAGAGCGGCAAUAACAAGUUCCAGCUUCCUGCCUUCGCAGUAUGCAUUCAACGAUGUCAUUCCGGAGUUUCUGUACAACGCCGUGGUGUCUGGGACGAACUGUACCUCAGCGGCCAACACGCUGACAUGCCUGAGAAACGCUGACGUAAAUCUUCUUGAACAAAUCAACGUUCAGCUUUGUAUUAGCGGAUUUUUUGGCACCUUUGUAUUUGUGCCCGUUGUUGAUGGAACUUUUAUAAAGCAAAGGCCAGCGCUAGCUUUACAGGAAGGUAAAGUCAAUGGCGAGGUUCUCAUGUCAGUUACAAAUUCGGACGAAGGAUUAAUCUUCGUCGACACAAGCACUGCAGCUACCGUUCAGGUUCCUGAAUAUCUGACACAACUAUUCCCGAACCUGAGCGCUCAGAAUAUCGAUGUCGCUGUUGCGAAAUAUUCCAGUCUUGGAACCCCAAUCGAGCAGGUCACCGCCAUAAUGGGAGAAUCUAUAUUCGUCUGCCCAACUUAUUUCUUGCUGCGCGCUUUCCAAGGAAAAGGAUUCAAGGGCCAAUUCGCGAUCCCACCCGGCACCCACGGGAGUGACGUUGCAUAUUAUUUCCCCUCUAUGAAUGCAAAUGGAAUUCCUGCCUUCGGUAAUACCGACUUCGACAAGGCGUUCUCGGAGUCUUUCCUAGCUUUCGUCAUGUCUCUGGAUCCGAAUGAGACGUUCGAGAAGACUAUCACACCAGCGUGGAAGCCUUUUUCAUUCCAGCCGGGUGGUCAAGUAGAAAUGCGAUUCAACAGAACAGAAACCGGCCAACCCGCGAUAUUGCCCUUUACCACGCCGGCAGAUCUGCUUGACCGAUGCUCAUUUUGGGAAAGCGUUGGGCCUGAAAUAGGACAAUGAAUAUCAUCGUUAUUUUAGUUAGACGUAUCUGUGAUUUGUCUAACUACGGGACGUUGUAAAAGUCACACUCGAUUUACCGAGAAACCUAAAGACAGAGAUGCCACAUUCUGUCAACCCUCUAGAGUAUAUUUCAACCACCCACGGUAAGCUGCGGAGGCCUUCGAAUGGAGUCCCUAAUCUCCCUCCUGACCA